CUCACAUCUUCCUCCGUCAAACCCCAGCAAGGCUGGAUCCAAACCAAGGAUGAAGGCUCGUCCUUCAUGUCCUUCAAGUGGAACAAAAAAUUCAUGGUUUUGGAGGACCGCCACCUCAACCUCUACAAGUCCGACGUCAGCGCGGUCCACGUGGACUCUGCGCGCAAGAAGGAGCUAUCGAUGUCGGUGCCGCUCACAACCAUCACGAAUCUCACGCGUGUCCAGUUGCGUUCGUUCUGCUUCGAGUUGCUGCGCAAAAACGACAAGUCCUUCUACGUGUCAGUGAAGACCGAAGACGAGUUAUACGGUUGGCUCGACGCGAUGUUCGCCAAGUGCACGUUCUUGCACUCCAGUCCUGCGGCCUACUCUGUGGGCUCGUCUUCUUCGGCCGUGUCACAGCCCACCAACUUCACCCACAAGGUCCACGUAGGUUUCGAUCCCGCGUCUGGCGCGUUUAUCGGCUUACCCGACAACUGGAAGCGCUUGUUGCAGCACUCGCACAUCACCAACGAGGACUGGUCGCGAGACCCCGUCGCCGUCAUCGAGGUGUUGGAGUUCUACUCGGACAUUAAUGGUGCCAGUGCCCAGAACUCGCCUAACAUGCCGCAGGUCGCCAGCCUCGGUCACAGCAGCUCUAGUACCGCGCCGCCGACGCGAAACGGCCCCCACGAAGCCGAACGUGCUGGCAGCGAUGUCUUCGGCAGCAAGGCCCCGGCGGAGAACCUGACCAAGACCGAAGAUAUGUACAAGCCUAUGCGUGCGGCGCCACCGGUCCCGCAGGGCUACAAAAACCUCACGCCUAUCACUCCUGCGGCCACGAAUCACCCAACGUCAAUCCCA